AUGGCCCCGAGCAGGAAGAUGCUGUGUUUUGUCUUUGUCUUUUUCUUCAUUUUGGCUCAAUGUCCAUCAGGGUCCCGGGCAGGACUCGAGUAUUCCCAGCCAUUCCCUGGAGGUGAGUUUGCUGCUUGUGAGCCAUGCAGGCUGGGGCGGGGCAAGUGCAGGAAGGUGUGCACUGAGGAUGAGAAGGUGGUCGGAAGUUGCAAGCUGAACUUCUUCUGCUGCCGACGGAGGAUCCAGUGA